AUGUCGCAAUCUUCUUCCUCCUCUUUUGAGUUGAAUGUACAAUCACUAGUGCAAACUCUGAUAGAAUAUAAUGGAGGAGAUAAUUUUCAUAUAGAGGCCAUCUAUUUGUUCGGCUCUCGUUUGUAUGGAAUUGAAAAUACAUAUAUUAGUGAAUCGGAUCAAACAAAAAGUGAUUAUGAUUUCAUUAUUAUUACCAAUAGAAAGGCUGAUGAACGAGAGGGAAUCAAUAGGAAUAAUAGACUUCCUUCCGAUUCUCGAAUGACUUUAGAGUUGAGUUGUGGAGAGAAUCAGAUGGAUUGUGUAGUGAUGGAUGUUUCACAUUUUCUGAUGGAUGUUUUCAUUGAGCAACACAAUUACAAAUCCAUUCUACCAUUGUGGCUUGAAAAUGGAGGUCAAUUUGUUUGGUUUGAAUCAAAUUUAAUGAGAUGGAUUAGAACGUAUUGGAUGGCCCUAUUGAAUAUUAGAUUGAGACAAAUUCAGAGAGGUCUCACUUUGUGGUGUAAGAUUACAGCUAAGAGAUCAUUCAAUGAUGGAGAUUUGAAGAGAUCUAGGAAAAACCUUCUCCAUUCUAUACGUUAUUUGAAAUAUGCCAUUCACAUCACAAAGGACAAGAAGAUUGUAAAGUAUAGAAAUGCAAAAAAGUUUCACCAAUUAUUCUUUGAAAAGACAAAAGAAUUCAACUUGUGGAGAGAAUAUGAAGAAAUGUUUAGACCAAUACAUAAGUUGUUCAAAUCUAAAUUGAAUGAUGCAUGUUAUGAAAUAUUCAAAAGUUCACAAACAUUCUCCAAUGAAAUUAUGAAUGAAAUUAUUGAGAAAUCCAUACCCUCCACUGCCUUUUUAGAAUAUUGUAAACGGUACGGAGUUACAGAGUUAGCACGAGACUUUUCAAUUGUAGUUUCACCUCUCUUUGAAUCUAAAAAAGAACAACAAGAAAAGCAAGUCAUUUUGGGAGAACAGCAAUCCUCGCCAACGGCCAUAUCCCUCAUUGAGGGAACCUAUCAUAUUCCUCAAGACCAAUCAAUAAUUGACCUCAUCAAGAAGGAAUCUUUCAUUUCAACCAAGUUGGUCAAGAUGAUUACUCACAGAGAAGUUCACAAAAGAUUGGACGAUUUAAUUCCUCUUCAGGAAUGUUGGAAUGGCUCUAUUGUUGAAAUGCAUCCACCAUCCGAUUGGACCAAUACUCUAGACAGGGCUAAUAUGAAACUUGUGGCCCAUCCAUACAAGUACUUUUUCCAAUAUGAUUCUGAUGCGUGUGACAAUAUUCUUUUAAAAACAAAUAGCAAACCUGUAGAGAAUCAAUCCAUUCAAGUCACAAUGAAAUAUGUUGGCACCAUGUGUAUGCUCUUUUAUCAUGACAAUGAGUGGAGAAUUAGUACAAAUCAAUCUCAAGAUUGGGAAUAUUUAUAUGGAAGAAGUGAUCCGUCCACUAUGAAUAAGAAUGAUACACAAACAGAUUUUUGGAAAGUAUUUGAAGAGGGUGGAUAUUUACUCCCAGAAGAUACCACCAAAUGUUUCAUGUUCACACUUUCCUCUGUUCCAUUCUUAAGUGAAGGAGAUUCAUCUAGUAAUUUCUCUUCUCGAGAGCUCAUAGCUCAUGGUUGCAGAGAUAUGAAAACACUCAAGGAAGAAUCCAUUCAACCACACGCAGAAAGAUACAAUUGGAAACAUCCAGAAAUUAUUGAAAUUAUACCAAAAGGUCCUUACUUUGAUAUUGUAGAACAGACCAAAUACAAACCAAAAAAGAGACCUCUCAAUGCAAACAUGUGGAGAAAGAAACCAGAUGAUAUUUGUGUCAACUUGCCAUUAUUUAAAGUUUUUGAAAAAUAUAUGGAGCUAGCCAAUGACUUUUCUACAAUGGAUCCGGAAAGAUAUUCUGGAUUUAUUUUGUGUGAUCAAGAUUUUGUAAGAGUCAAGAUUGAAACUGGUAUUUAUUAUAGCAUGUCGUAUUUGGAACUUUUCAGAGAUUCAGAAACUCAAGAAACUAGUGUAGACUCUGAAAAUAAUCAAAUGUACAUGAUUGAAAUGGUUAGAAAUUUGAAAUCCUUCCUCUCUGAAAGUGUUCAAGAACUUGUAAAUAGUGGAGGCGACUUGUCUACACUUUCUGAAAUGACCACUGAUCUCAAAUUGGUGAAACAUUACGUUCCAGAAUUUUUCAAUCUCUACGUCGAGUAUAGAAACCUGUACAAGAUUACAUGCAAUUUAAUGAAUGUUGUCCACGCAAAAAUUCAACAAGUAGUUCAACAACAAAUUGAGAAUGGAACAUUGAAAGAAGAGGAUAUUAACAAAGUGUAUCCAGACUUGGUUAAAGAAUACUCACCACUCUCCCGAACCUUCCCACUCAUGUACAUGAGAAAGAACCAAAUUGAUAAUUGUUUCAAUCUAUUCACACGAAAGAAUUACCUCCACACAGAAGCCAUUCACAAUUUACUGACCGAGUGUAGACAAAAAAUUGAUAAGGUUCUUCCAUUCCUCACAGAAUAGAACUAUGGAAAUUGGUUUAAAACUAAUUAUUUAUCAUUGGACAGUAGCAACCAUCCAAGUAUCUCUUCCACCAACACAUUUCACACACCAAUGGCGGCACACAAACAACUUGAACCAAACUUUACAAUGUUCAUCUCUAUCAUGCAUCAUCCUCAGAUGUAAACUACACAAAACAUCAACAUUCAAAACGGAGCCAAUCAAAAACAUCUAAUAAAAAAUUUUCUCAGUCCCAACUCCGUUU